CAUUGCGACAUAUGCAGGAUCCAAGAUAACAUCGAAUAAGAUCGCUUAGAGGUCACAUAUAUAAGAGAGUAUAGCCCUAUAUAGGAGAGUAUGGCCAGCUUCAUUGCAUUUACGAAUAAUCCAUUCAAAGUCUCAAUAAUACAUACAUAGGUACCUAUAUAUAUUAUAUGUAUGUAUAUUAUAUAACUAAACCAACAGCGAAAAACGUUCUUCUCAUAACCAGACACCCCAACCAUGGCCUUAACAUUCACCACCUUCGACGUCUUCACCAAGACGCCUUUCCGCGGCAACCCCCUCGGCAUCGUCUCCGUGCCAGCAGACGCGCAACAGCUCACCCAAGACCAGAAGCAGCUCAUCGCGCGCGAGUUAAACCUCUCCGAGACGGUCUUCCUCCACGAGCAGACCCCCGCCGACAUCCGCGCCCGCACCGCCCGCAUCGACAUCUUCACCCCGCGAGCCGAGGUCCCCUUCGCCGGCCACCCCACCGUCGGCACCGCAAACUACCUCCUGCACCACCUGCGCCUCGGCUCCGCCAAGAUCCUCGGCACCCGCGCCGGCCCCGUGCCCUUCUUCUCCCAAGCGGACGGCGCACAGGUCGCCGUCGCGCAUAACUUCCACAUGCACAAGGCGGCCGUUCGCGGCCACCCCGUCGUCAGCAUCGUCAAGGGCAUGACGGCCGUCAUGGCGCGGGUGCCCGACCUCGACGCCUUGCGCGCGCAGACGGCGAACCUGGUCGGCGCGGAGAACACGUUUGCCGCGGCGGCGGCGGCGCUGCUGGACGAGGGCUGGCGCAGCGGGCCCGUGGUCACGUAUUUCUACGUGGACAUGGGGCGCGCGGCGGACGGGACGACGACGACGACGCGCAAGUUGCGAGCGCGGAAUCUCGGGAGCCGCGAGGAUCCGGCGACGGGGUCGUCUGCGGCGGGGCUGUGCGCGAUGCUGAGUUUGUUGGAGGAUGGAGGAGAGGGGGACUCGACGGGGUCGGCGACGCGGUCGUUCGAGAUCACGCAGGGCGUGGAGAUGGGGCGGCCGAGCGAGAUACGGGUUCGCGUGACGCUGAAUGCGGCGCGGGAUGGGAUCGAGGAGGUUUUGAUUUCUGGGGAUGCGGUUAAGGUUUUGGAGGGGACGGUGCCUAUACCGUCUCCUGAGACGACGGUUAAGCCUGAGUAGAGAAAAUGAUAAGAUGAGUAGGUAGGUUUAUAGAUACGUGAUACUACUUUGGAGCUGAGUUAUUGUUUAUUAUAGCUUUGUCUUGGCCAUUAAAUGAAGCGAAUAUACAUACGGUGUAUAGAAGUAGGCCG